AAUAGAGCGCGGCGCUGGCGGAGGGUUGGCUUUGGCUCCCUCUCGGCGGAUCCGGCUCCAGCCUCCCGGGCCGAAGUUGAGGCCGAGAGACAGAGAGAAAGACAGACAGAGAGAGAGGCAGCGGAGGAGGAAGGAAAGAAGGGAAGGGAAGGGAAAGGAAGGGGCGCGCCUUCGGCUGGCUGCUCGCUCGGCAGGGCUCGGUUUUGUGGAGGAAGGGGGUCAGGAAUGGCAGCGGGAGGCGACGCGGGCGCUCUCGGAGGAGACCUGUGAGGCGUCCCGGGCUGUUCUGGUCUUUCCGAGGCGAGCCAAGGGGCGGAGGACUCCCUCCAUUGCGUGGGGUGCCCCCGCGACCGUGUUUUGAAGCCCCCGAAAGCCCCAAGGCUGAGCUGAGUUCCUAACUUCUGGACAGCGCUUAGGAAGUGGCCGAAAGGUCUCUCUGGGCAGAUGGGUCGCGUCUCGUCGGGAAGGCGGGGGACCUGGAGGCGGUAAUCGAUCACUCCCACCCCUCCAGAGGUUGUAUUGACUCAAAAGGUGGCCCAAGGGCCCGUAUCUUGGGGGUGAAGUACUCCUGCCUCUUUGGGAAGGAAACUGGGUUCACUUGCACCAGGAUUUGGAGGGAAAGGAGAAGGAGGGCCUACUGGGGAAGAGGGCAGGAAAAGGAAGGAAGGACGGCUGAUUGGUUGAUGGUUGGCUGAAUUUGGAGAGAGAGAGAACUGAGAGGAAGUUUUGAGGAAGGAUCUAACGUUUGGUAACCGAGGAAGGCUCCUCCUUGAAAGGCCUCGGGAGAUCACGUAGAUCCUGGGGAGGGCGUGACUGAGAGUGGGCCCUCCAAGAGUUUAAUUCGGACUGACUUCGGAUUAGAGUUUUGGAGCUGGGUUCCCUUGCGCCAGGAUUUAGAGAAAAGGGGGAAGGAGGACCUGCUAGAGAAGAGGGAAGGCGAGGAAGGAAAGAAGGAAGCAGGAAGGGAAGGUUGGACGUUGCUUCUCUGAAUUUGGAGAGAGAGAAUUGGGAGAAAAAAAACUCUUGAAAAGUUUUGAGGAAGGAUCUAGCGUUUGGUAAGCGAGGAAGGCUCCUCCUUGAAGGCCUCGGGAGAUCAGGUAGAUCCAGGAGAGAGCGUUCCUGAGUGUGAGUUUAAUUCAGGCAGACUUCGGGUUAGAGUUUUGGGGCGCCGGUGCCAGGGAGCAGCGGAGGAGCAGCCCUUCCCGAGUGUAAACCAGCGCCUGGGCAGCCCUUCCGGGAGUGCAGUCCGGGCCGCGCUGGGGGAGAGAAGGGGCGAGGAGCGAGCUUUCCCGCCAGGGCGCCCCCCCGGGAUGGAGCUGCGCUCCGAGAUGCCUCCCGCGCCCCCCGGCCAGGCCCCGGGGCCCCCGGGCUCGGUGUCUGCGGCGGCGGCGGCGGCGGCAGCGGCGGCGGCGAGCCUGCCGGUGAGCGUGGCCGGGGGCCUCCUGCGGGGCCCUCCGCUGCUCCUGCGCGCGGCCGAGAAGUACCCGCGGACGCCCAAGUGCGCGCGCUGCCGCAACCACGGCGUGGUCUCGGCGCUGAAGGGCCACAAGCGCUACUGCCGCUGGAAGGACUGCCUCUGCGCCAAGUGCACCCUCAUCGCGGAGCGGCAGCGCGUCAUGGCCGCCCAGGUGGCGCUCCGCCGGCAGCAGGCCCAGGAGGAGAACGAGGCCCGCGAACUGCAGCUCCUCUACGGCACCGCCGAGGGGCUCGCCCUCGCCGCCGCCAACGGCAUCCUCCCGCCACGGCCCGCCUACGAGGUCUUCGGCUCCGUCUGCGCCGCCACCACGACCCCCGAAGGAGGAGGAGGAGGAGGAGGCAGCAGCGGGGGAGCAGGAGGAGGCGCGGGGCCUACAGAGGUGAAGCUGCAGAAGUUCGACCUCUUCCCCAAGGCGCUGCUGCCCCCCCGUUCGGCGACUCCGCAGCAGCCGCAGAGCAAGCCCUUGUCCCCCGACGGCGCGGACGGCGCUGCGGGCCCCACCUCCUCCUCCUCCCCGGAGCCUCCGCGCUCGGGCUCGGAAAACGGCGACGGCGCUGGCGGAGACUCUUCUCUGGGCUCGCCUCUCUCCAAGGGCGCCAAGGACGGGGGGGCGGGGGCCCCGGAGGAGCAGAGCCCCUUGGGCUCCAUCAGCCCGCUGGGCUCCGACUCGGGCUGCUCCGAGGCCGAGAGGGAGGACCCCGGAGGCGCCUCGGCGGGGCUGGAGGCGGCGCGGAGCCACCAGCAACAGCAGCGGACGCCGCUGGACAUCCUGACGCGCGUCUUCCCGGCGCAUAAGCGCAGCGUCCUGGAGCUGGUCCUGGCCGGCUGCGGCGGAGACGUGGUGCAAGCCAUCGAGCAGAUCCUUAACAACCACCACCAUCACCACCACCACCACAACCACCACCCGCACCUCUCCUCCUCCUCCUCUUCCUCCUCCUCCUCCUCGGACAAAGCGGGCGAAGAAGGCUGGGUUUCGGGACAGCCCUUGGGAGCCCCUCCGCAGCCCCAUCACCGCCCUCUGCUCACUGGGGCCAUGACUCCCGCCAUCGGGGCGCUGGGCAGCCGCUCGGCCUUCUCUCCCCUGCAGCCCAACGCCACGCACUUCGGGGCUGCGGCGGCGGCCGAGGCCAGCGCCUACCCCUUGGGUACCCACCUGGGCCUCAGCCCGCUGCGCCUGGCCUACUCCGCCGCCGCCGCGGCGCACAGCCGGGCCGGGCUGGCUUUCAUGGCGCCCUACUCCACCGCCGGGCUCAUGCCCACCCUCGGCUUCCGCCCGCCCGUCGAGUACGCCUUCAGCGACCUCAUGCGCGACAGAUCCGCCGCAGCAGCCGCCGCAGCCGCCGCCGCCGCCGCCUCCUCCGCCGCCAAGGAGACUGCGUAUCCCAACGGGCUGUACGGGCCCCUGGGGGUCAGCAGCGCGCCCGAGAAGCAGCCCUGAAGCGGCCCCAGCAGCCUUGCCUCGCAGCCAGAGGCACUCUUCGGCCCGCCGGGUGUUCUGGACUUCAACGCCCACCGCUCCUAACAGCCUCAGGCCCUUCCCUAAUUCAGAAAGAAAUGGGAAACGAA